AUGAACACUAUCGAUGGUUCCGACCGUCACGUCAAUACAGAAGAGGUUCCCCCGCCGUCUUUACUAGCCAUCGUCCUCGAUACCAAUCCACAUGCGUGGGCGCAUCUUUCAUCGACUCUCUCACUCUCGGCCGCCCUUGCGAAUAUCCUCGUCUUCAUCAACGCACACCUGGCUUCGGGCAACGCAAAUGAAGUCGCCGUCAUAGCCUCGCACUCACACAAGACUGCCUUCCUCUAUCCAACACCCUCGAGCCCGCAGCCUCAAUCGCGACAUGGCACCAAUGGAGCUACGAACGACAAGGUACACGACAUGGCAGAGAGUGCAAACAAAUACCGUCCAUUUGCUGUAGUAGAGAGCGCCAUUCUGCGCAACUUUGUAAAACUGCUCAACGAGACGAAAGAGAGCCACCUGGAAGCGACACCCACGACACUUAUCGGUGGCGCCCUCUCCCUAGCUCUCACCCACAUCAACAAACAAACUAUCCUACAUGCUCCAACCGCUGCUUCUGCCGAGAGCACAGCUCUCUCCGCACUUGCCGAUUCCGAAAACGCCCACGUCGAUCGUGUUCCCCUCACAUCUCGUAUCCUUAUCGUCUCCGUGUCUGGCGAUCUAGCGAACCAAUACAUACCCGUCAUGAACUCCAUCUUUGCCGCACAACGGAAAAGGAUACCCAUAGACAUUCUCAAGCUAGCAGGUGACACCGUUCUACUUCAGCAGGCGAGCGAUGCGACUGGGGGCGUGUACAUGAAGCCGGACCGCCCAGAGGGCCUGCUGCAGUACCUAAUGAUGGCAUUUCUACCAGAUGUAACGGCACGGACAAGUCUGGUAGUCCCGAGUGCCGGUGGUGUUGACUUUCGCGCAGCUUGUUUCUGUCACCGCAAGGUCGUUGACAUUGGCUUCGUCUGCAGUGUGUGCUUAAGCAUCUUUUGCAACCCGGACCUAUCUGAUAACCUCUGCAUGACCUGCGGCUCUUAUCUGUCGCUACGCAGUGCCGUGACCAAUCCGCCAGCGUUGAUACCUAGGAAGAAAAAGAAAAAGAAGAAGACUGGAACCGACUCAGCAACCCCGGGGGGGAAUACUCCUGCAGGAUCUGGCACGCCUCUGCAUCCCUGA